AUGGCAUCUAAUAUGGGAAUUGGAACAGCGCGGGAUCUCGCAAAAGUCCAUUCAUUGAUCGUCGAAGGAAAGCUUUUCUCCGAACGAUUUCUCCGCCAAAUCCACUAUCCACAACUUGACGAAAUGGACAUCAUAAACGGUUACGGUGGACAAAAUGUACGCGUUGUCUUGGAUUCUAAGCUAGCUUACGCUUAUGUCUGCAAUGGCCUUAAAGCAGCGGACGCCGAUAAUGUCAGACCUUUUGCGAAUCUUCAAGCUUGCUUAUAUGAAUGUUUAAAAAAAAACUGCAGCUAG